AUGAUGGAACGAGCAAAACCCCAGGCGUUCCAGUCGAGCUAUGCGCCGCGGUUGCGCGCAUACAACAACUCGCUGCUCACGCCCGUGCUGCCCAGCGCGCCCAGCGUCAACCCCCUUUCCCGUACGACCAAGCGCGGCACUACCAUGAUCAACUAUGCCGAGGACGGUUACGACGACAUUGACGAGGACAGCGACGAUCCUCGACGACGGCCCACCGGCCUGCGCAGCCUGCGCACGCAGGACUCGUCCAAGGGCCAGGACUGGUCCGGCAAGACGGGCAAGGACACGCUUCAACCUGUCUACCUCCAGCCCAUCUGGCGCGAAUGGAUGGGAAAAACAAGGUCCAUUCGCAGCGACCAGCAAAAUGCGGCACAGUCCAGCCUACCCCUGACGCUGAUACCGAUCCGAAUUGACCUCGACGUCCCGUCCUUUGUGCCACAACCGCCCUUUCCCCCACCCAACACACCUGGCGUCGACCUCUCGCUGCCGCAGUACCGACAACAGGAAAUGACGGUGCCCUACAAGCUACGAGACAUCUUUUGCUGGAACCUGCACGAGACGCUGAUCACGACGGAUCAGUUUGCGCAGACGCUGGCUCAAGACCUGGACCUACCCAACAGGCAAAUUGUUGCCGCCGACAUCAGCAAGCAGAUUCGCACGCAGCUCGAGGAGUACGCGGGUGUCGCGCUGCAUCCUCUCUUCCAUACCGAUCAGCCUGUUGCGCCUGCGCAUCCCGCGCAACCACCCACGAACGGCACCACAACGAGGGAUCGACCCUUGACCCGAGAUAUUUCGCCAUACUCUGCUGCGCGUUACCUUUCAAGGGCCGAUACGCCAUCUCAGGCGCCGGCGGCCGCGCCAGCCACGCCAAUCCCAGGACAGGCUCCCGGUGUGCCCGCCGCCACGGCCGAAGCGACGGCCAUUCUCCCCGACUCGGACGACUUCAACCCCGAUGACACGUACCGAUGCAUCAUAAACCUCAACCUCAACAUGUCGUCGAUGCUGUACAGCGACAAGUUCGAGUGGUCGCUACUGCACCCGCCCGGCACGGCCGAGGCGUUUGCCAAGACGACGUGCGCCGACUUGGGCCUGCACGGCGAGUGGGUGCCGGCCAUGACGCACGCCAUCUACGAAGCGGUCCUGCGGCUCAAGAAGGAGGCCUGCGAGGUCGGCGGCCUCGUCACCGGCUGGGGCGGCCUCCAGCAGGAGCUGCCUAACGACGCCGCGCUCGGCACCGAGGCCGGCUGGCGCUACGACCCGGACCACCUCGCCGAGGACUGGGAGCCCAAGAUUGAAAUUCUCAGCAAGGAGGACAUGGAGAAGCGCGAGGGCGACCGCGAGCGCCAGGUGCGCCGCCUGCGACGCGAGACGGCGCGCUUCAGCUCGACAACGGGCAUGCUCACGGGGACGACGCCGUUUGCCGCCGGCGUCGCGCCGGCGACGCCAUUCGAGCCCGAGGAGGAGCGGAUGGGCCGCGGCGAGCGCUCCAAGAAGAAGCGCCGCUUCCGCAGUCUCAGCCCGCUCGGUCGAGGCGGCACGCCCGGUGGCCGGGGCACGCCCGAUGCCGGUGGAUACGGCGGCGGCGGAGCGCUUACUGACGCGGAGCGCUUCAACUGGCGGUGUCUGCACUGCCGCAUCUGGGGAUCCAGCGUGUGGGCUGUCCGAGAUGGUCCAGCAGGUCCUAGAACGCUCUGCGCCAACUGCGGCUUCUUGUACGAGCGCGAUCGCAAACUUCCUCGCCAAACGAAGAAUUUACAUUUACAAGACGUCCGUGCUGGCUGA